AUGAGAAAUAUAAAAGAUGAUUUAAGUAACAGUAAACAUAAUUUAGAAAAAAGAGUGAUAAAAUUAGGUCAUAUGAUUUACAAAUUAGAAGAAUCGAAAGGAUAUUUUUUUCUUUGGAAAAAAAAAAUUAAUGAAUAUUUUAAAAAAAAAUACCAAUACAAAAAUAUAUGUAACAAAGAAUAUGGAGUGAAUAAGAUAAAAAAAAAAAAAAGGUUUGUGAAACCUAUAAAUCUAUUGAAUUUAAAGUAUAUAUGUGAAAAUAAUGAAGAUGAUGUAAAACUGAAUUGUUUAAAUAUAAAAGUUAAAAAAGAAAAUAUCUUUUCUUAUGAGAACAAAUAUAUGAAAAAAGAUUUAAAUAGAUCUAAUGGUAAUAGUACAAGUAAUACAUGGUUAAUACCAGUAGACGAAAAUUUAGAAAAAAAAAAAUAUGGUAGAACUAAAAAUAUGAACCACAUAUAUCAAAAUUAUGUGGAAAAUAGGCAUAAUAAAAAUUCUAAAAGAAAAAAUAAAUAUACAAAAAAUGCAAAGAAUAUAAUUCACAAGAAAAGGAAAAAAAAAGAAAUAAUAAGUGAAAUAAUAGAAUAUAAUAAAAGAAAUAUUUAUUAUGAGAAACCAAGAUGGAAAUCUAGGUUAAAUUAUAUAAAAUGUAUGAUGUCUUACUCUUUAAAAUUGGGUGUUAUAUGGAGAUUUCCUUAUGCAUGUUAUAUUAAUGAAGGUGGUUGCUUUUUAUUAGCUUAUUUCAUAUGUUUAUUUUUAAUAGGAUUUCCUAUGUUUUUAUUAGAAAUAACUAUUGGUCAAAAAUAUCAAAAAUCCUUUAUUUAUUGUUUUAAGGAAUUAUGUGAAAAAUUAAUUGGCAUACCUAUUUCAUCAAUAUUAAUUGUAAUUUUAUGUAUUAUAUAUUUUUAUGCUAUAUCAUCAUGGGUAUUAUUAUAUUUUAUAAAAUCUUUUAAUGUUUUUUUACCAUGGAAAAAUGGGGGCCUAAAUAAAUCGGAUUCUGCAAAACGUUUUUUGUUAAUCGAUAUUUUGAAUAAGUCAGAAACGUUAUCUUUUAGUGAUUUAGCAUUUAAUAAAAUAAAUAUUUCAUUAAUUUCUUGUGUAACAAUAAUUUUUAUUAUACUAAUUCUAUUUUUAAUAAUAGAAAAGAGAAAAAAAAGGAACUUUAAUUUAUUGAAAUACAAAGAUUUCUUCUUAUGCAUCCUUUUAUUUUUAUUAUUUAUUAGAUCAGCAACAUUAGAAGGAUCUCCAAAUGGUAUAUAUUAUUAUUUAAAAAUAAAUUUUCAGAAAUUAAAAAGUGGAUCACUGUGGGUUUCUGCAGGCUCACAGAUAUUUUACUCUUUAGGUAUUUCAUGGGGAGAAUUAAUUAAUUACGGUAGUAAGAAUAAUAAAAAAAAUAAUUUGGUCAAAGAUUGUUUAAUUAUGAUUUCUUUAAAUAUGGUAACAUCAUUUUUUGUGGGUUUAAUUGUCUUUUCAAUAAUUGGCUUUAUGUCCAGUGUAUCUAAAAUACCAAUAAAUGAAGUGGGAAAUAUUAGUCUAGGGUUACCCUUUGUUGCAUAUUCCAUAGGAAUUAGAGAAAUUUCUAAUUUAUCCUUUUUUUCUUUUUUUUUUUUUGCCUUAUUAUUUAUCACAUGUAUUGAAUCGUUACUAUUAAUGAUAAACAUGGUUGUCAAAACUAUUUUUGGAAUGCUGAAUAUUAGAAAAAAAAAAAUGGGAGGAAAAAAAAGAAAAAUUAUUUUCAUUAUAUGUUUUUUUAUAUUUUUAAUUAAUAUUUUUUUAACAUUUCCAUCUGGUUCUUAUUUAGUUGACAUAAUGGAUUUUAUAUCAGGAAUUGCCACAAUUUAUGUCCUAGCUUUAUGUGAAAUUUUUGCCCUCUUAAAAUAUUAUAAAAUCGUAAAUUUUAUAAAUGACAUUUAUUAUAUGACGAACAUUAGAUUACAUUAUUUUUUUAUAUUUAUGUAUUUAUAUAUAAUACCAUUUUUAUUAAUUUUAUUAUUUUGUAUAAGUAUUUACUUGCUUAUUAUUCCUCAUCAAUAUAUGACAACAAACCAAAAAGAAACGGAAAAAAAUAUAGAUAAAAGAGAAGGUUGUUUAGAUAAUUCUUCAUGUAACAUGCAUGGAAUAUGCAUAGAUAAGGUAUGUUUAUGUAAUGUCGGAUGGAAAAAUUAUUACUGUUCAGAACCAUAUUAUAAAAUACAUUAUCAAAAGGAAAGAAAUGAUAAAGAUAUAAAUAAAAAUAUUAUAAAUGGAACUGUAUUGAAAUAUGAAGAAGAAUAUAAUGAAACUUAUAACAAAUAUGAUAAUAAAAAUAAUUAUAACAUAAAUUCUAGUAAAAAUAUUGAUAAAGAUAAUAAUAAGGAUAAGAAUAAUAAUAAAAAUAAUGGUGAAGAUGAAGAAUUUAUUGAAGAAAAAAAAAUAGAAGUAAAAAUUAAUGAUGAUAUUUUAUCAAAGCACAAUGUAAAAUUAAUUUAUCAAACAAAUUUUGAUUUUAAUUUUUUAAAUGACACUGAUGUUAAUUAUUCUAUUCUUCCUCUAAAUGAAUAUGAUGAAAUUUUAAAAAGAUACUAUGUAGAACAAAUGGAUAAUAGUAAAAUAAAAGUGGAAGAAAAAUUAAGCGUAAUAGAAGAAGGGAAUAAGUUUAAUUACAAAAAAAUUGAUUUUAGUAACAUUCAUUAUAAAAGCUUUACAUAUGAUAAUUUUGUCAUUACUCCACUUUUAUCUUGUCCUGAAUUUUGCAAUGAAGAUUUUGGGAGGGGAGUAUGUAUAAAUGACUUAUUUUUAGAAAAGAAUUGGAUUAACAAUAAUUCUAUUUUAAAUUUUUUUGAUGAAAAUAAUAGAAGUGAUGAUGAUAUUUUUAAUUUUUACUCUCAUAAAAACAUUUACCAUUAUACUGGUAAGUGUAUAUGCAACGUUGAAUUUACAGGAAAAGCUUGCUCACAAAAUAGAUACAUAAAAGGGUAUUCUUCUUUUUUUCUUUUUAUUGGAUGGAUUUUUGUUACUAUUACAUUAUUACCUAUUCCAUUAGUUUUCUUUUUUUCAAGAAUUAGAAAUAUUUUAGUGAAAUUUUUAAAUAGAAAUAAAAGAAGUAUUUACAGAAAUAUAAAUAAAAAAUAUAAAAAAAAAAAAUAUAAUAAAAUUUCUGAUAUCCCAGUUGUACCAUCAAAAUCAAGAAAGAAGCGAAAAAAUAUUACUUUUAAUUCUUAUGAUGAAUUAAAUAAUAAUUUUGGAAAUUUUUCGAAAGAAAAAAAAGAUAUUUAUGAUUUAUCAAACAACAAUUUUUAUAUAGCUUGUAAAAGAAAGAAAAAAAAAGACAUUAAAAUUUUGAAAACAAUAAAAAAGGAUUUUAUUUUUUAUAAUUCAUUAUAUGCACCUAAAGAGAAUGAAAAAUUAAUAAAAAGGUAUAUUCCGCAACGUAUCUUUUCAUUUAAAAAAAUUUUUUUUAAUAAAAAAAGAAAAAAUUAUAAUAAAAUUAACGAGAAUGUUGUUGGUUCGUGUGACCCAAAUAUUAAUUCAAAAGAAAUAAAUGAAAAUUUAGAUGUUUUCCAAUGGAAAAAUGAACAAGUAGAUUUUUAA